CUGCCCUCAAGAUGGUGCUGUUUCUCCCUCAUCCGCUACCCUUUGUUUUUUCCGCCUGUCGCCCCUAGCUGCGAUCUCUAUCUUCUUGGCCAUUUUUAAAAAGCGUUUUAAUGAUGGCGGAGGACAGCGAAUCUGCCGCCAGCCAACAGAGCCUGGAGCUGGACGACCAGGACACCUGCGGGAUAGACGGGGACAACGAGGAGGAGAACGAGAACACGCAAGGUAGUCCCGGUGGAGAUUUGGGGGCUAAGAGGAAAAAGAAGAAGCAAAAGAGGAAGAAAGAGAAGCCAAGCUCUGGGGGAGCCAAGUCGGACUCUGCCUCUGACUCCCAGGAGAUCAAGAAUCCUGGUUUACCCAUUCAGAAGCUUCAGGACAUCCAAAGAGCCAUGGAGCUGUUGUCCUGUCAGGGCCCAGCAAAGAGUAUUGAUGACGCAACAAAGCACAAGUACCAGUUUUGGGACACACAGCCAGUGCCAAAAUUAAAUGAGGUGGUGACAGGCCACGGCCCGAUCGAAGCUGACAAGGAGAACAUCAGGCAAGAGCCCUAUUCCUUACCUCAAGGCUUCAUGUGGGACACUUUGGAUCUCAGCAAUGCGGAUGUUCUGAAGGAGCUGUACACGUUGUUGAAUGAGAACUACGUGGAGGACGACGACAAUAUGUUUAGAUUUGAUUAUUCACCAAACUUCCUCAAAUGGGCUUUACGUCCACCUGGUUGGUUACCUCAGUGGCACUGUGGCGUGCGAGUUACCUCAAAUAAGAAGCUAGUCGGCUUCAUCAGUGCAAUUCCUGCUGAAAUACGCAUUUAUGACAUGUUGAAGAGGAUGGUCGAAAUCAACUUCCUGUGUGUCCACAAGAAGCUGCGUUCAAAGCGAGUAGCGCCGGUGCUUAUCAGAGAGAUCACACGACGGGUGAACCUGGAAGGAAUUUUUCAGGCGGUGUACACGGCAGGAGUCGUACUGCCUAAACCAGUGUCAACGUGCAGAUACUGGCAUCGCUCUUUGAACCCAAGAAAGCUUGUGGAGGUCAAAUUCUCCCAUCUGAGCAGAAACAUGACCUUGCAAAGAACGAUGAAACUCUACAGACUACCAGAUAGCAUCAAGACUGGGGGGUUGCGGCCGAUGGAGAGGCGUGACAUCCGGCAGGUGACCGAGCUGCUGCAGAAGUUCCUGAGACGUUUUCAGCUGGCGCCUUCCAUGAGCGAAGUAGAAGUGGCCCACUGGUUCCUACCACAGGAAAACAUAAUUGACACAUAUGUUGUAGAGGGUUCUAGUGGCAUCCUGACAGACUUUGCUAGUUUCUACACAUUGCCCUCUACUGUGAUGCAUCACCCCCUCCAUAGGAGCUUGAAAGCCGCAUACUCCUUUUACAACGUUCACACACAAACGCCGCUGCUGGACCUAAUGAAUGAUGCCCUCAUCCUCGCCAAACUGAAAGGAUUUGAUGUGUUCAAUGCUUUGGAUUUAAUGGAGAAUAAAGUAUUUCUGGAUAAGCUCAAGUUUGGUAUUGGUGAUGGAAAUCUGCAGUAUUAUCUAUACAACUGGAAGUGUCCCCCAAUGGAACCUGAUAAGGUUGGCCUCGUCCUUCAAUAGCCCGUGUCUGUGGGCCUGCUACACACACACACACACACACACACAUACACACGCACACACACAAGGAUGUAGACACAACCUCUGGCAGUGGCGAACUUGCAUACACACACACACAGACCAUCUUUGAGCCAGAAUUUGAACAUGACAACCUGCCCUGCUACUGGGGAGCUCUUGAAGCAUCUGGCACAUUUUUCAGGUGAAGGAGGAUGACUGUUGCAUCAUCAUUCUGAAUGUGAACAUCAUGGUAUGCCUGAGAUGCUCCAAAACAGCUCUCCUUUUGAAAGGAACCCGUGUGGCAUGCACAGAGGAUGCCUUUUGACAUGUCAAUCAAAACCAGGAAGUAAAGAUGCGGUAUGUAAUUAGCUGCUUUUCUAUUUUCUUCUUCGAAAGAAGUUAUGUUGUCCCCAAAUACUUCUGCUUCUGAGCAGUGGAAAGGUUCUUAUUUCAAUGGCUGCUGCUGCUGCUGCAGUGUAUAUAUUUUUUUUGUUGGUUACUUUGGAUUUGAUUAUGUUCUGGGUACAAUUAGACAUUCAUGAAACCGAUUGCUGCAUUGGCAUUGAUAUUUUAACAAAAAACAAAAAAAUCGCAUGCCAUUCAACACUUAACAUUUUUGUUUGUUUGAAUGAAGAAUGUAUUCCAUUUAUGAAGCACAAUUUUUUGAGUUAAUGAAAGUUUUCGAGGCGGAAACGUAUUUGAAAACGUACUACUAAACGGUACUUGUAAAGAGUAAAAGUGCGCUGCCAAUCGUGUUACACUGCAUUGAGCUCGCCUUCAAAGUGUACGUUUCCAUUCACAACCAGAAGCACCUCCAGCAUCCUGUUUGUAAAACAAAUAGCUAACAAACGUUAUCACCAACAAAUGAGCAAAUUCUGUCUUCCUGUUGUGCUUUGAGACAGUAUUUAGUCAGUGACUUUCAGAGAAAAGAGCAUUUACUCCUUUAUUCCGAGAAGCUGCCCAUGGCUGCAAAUGUGGAGCAUUUAUUUUUGUCGUUUUUCCUAUCACUGUUCUCAUUCCCUCUUCAAAGAUUCCUUACCAAGAGGGUUAUGCGUGUCUGGGGAAUUAUGCUAUUUGAUUGAUUCCAGUUUCUUUCUUUAAUACUGAAGUAUUUUUUCUGUCAUGCAACUCUAAAUGCAUAGCAGUUAAAAUAUACCAAAUUCACCUUUUAACAAUCCAGACAACCAGAAAAUUGUGACAAUUCAUUGGAAAAGUUCCACUCUCCUAUUUGAGAUGUUUAAUGCUAAAGAUGUGUUCAUGCAGCACCAUUUCAACUGAUGCUGGGCUCCUCCCUGUGUAAAUGAAAAGCAGUCUACUUGUUUCUUUUUAAGUGACAGGUGAACUUUACCACACUGACAUUGAUUGGCUGGCAGAGUCUCAAUUGUGUUGCCUGCAUCUGUGUGAAUGUUGCUGCUGUGAUUGUAGUAUCAUGUUACUAGUGACAACUCAACCCCCCCAAGUACCUGCCUUACUUGGAAUAUUUUCGAUUUUUCAGACUUGCUAAACUAAAGGGGGCAAGGUGUACUUUAGAAACCACACAUACAGCUUUAUCAAACUGAAGGCCAAUAUUUUUAUUCAAAUCCAUUGUAAGAUGUGAGAAAGAUGGAAGGACUUGUACCAGCAUCAUUUACACAACAUGAGCCCAUGCAAAUAAUCUGUUUCAACGCACACACCGCCUAUACCAGCAUGGACAUUUGAAUAAAUUCACUUUACAAAAUCA